CUCACCUCUCUUAUUUUUUCUCUCUCUGCAUGACAUUGUGGUGUUAGCUGAAAGAGGAAGCUAGAGUUUCACUUGUUUCACUUUGAGGCCCUGCUUUUGUUUUAUCCAUAGAAAGAGAGAGAGAGAGAGGAAGGUUGGGUUUUUCACUGUUUAUCUGGGAUUUGGCAAUCAUGAUCAGUCACCCCACAUUGGCAUUUACCUUUGGGAUCCUAGGUAAUAUUAUUUCGUUCCUGGUAUUCUUGGCUCCAGUGCCAACAUUUUAUCGAAUUUUUAAAAAGAAAUCAACCCAAGGAUUUCAAUCGGUCCCUUAUGUGGUGGCAUUAUUCAGUUCUAUACUUUGGUUGUACUACGCGAUGCUUAAAAAAAAUGCUAUGCUUCUUAUCACAAUCAACUCAUUUGGAUGUGUGAUAGAGAUGAUAUAUAUCAUCUUGUAUAUUACUUACGCACCAAGGGCUCCUGGGAACUCAGCUCUCAAAGUAUUCGUUUCUAUGAACAUGGGUUUGUUCACCUCAAUCCUUCUUGUCACACACUUUGCAGUGAAAGAAAAAUUCCGGGUCGAAUUUUUGGGAUGGGUUUGCGUUGCCAUUUCUGUUAGUGUUUUUGCAGCACCCUUAAGCAUUGUGGCACAAGUAAUUCGAACUAGGAGUGUGGAGUUUAUGCCAUUUAAUUUAUCAUUUUUCCUCACAUUGAGUGCCAUAAUGUGGUUUGCAUAUGGUUUGUUCCUCAAGGACAUUUGUAUUGCUAUUCCAAAUAUCGUGGGUUUUGUCUUGGGGCUACUUCAGAUGCUGCUAUAUGCAAUAUACAGAAACAAAAAGAAGGUUAUAGAGGAAAAUAAACUGCCGGAUCAACAGCUGAAAAAUAUUGCGAUCAUAUCCACUUUAGGGACUGCUGAAGUGUUUCCAGUUGAUAUUGAAUCAUAUGCUAAUGGUGAGAGUGUGAACAAUGAUGCAAAGGAGCAUGAACAACUAGGGGAGCUUGAGAAAAGCAUGGAAACGUAGAGUGACCUCAACCCAGUUGAAAGCCCAGUUUAAUUCACAUUUACUUUAUAAUCUAGUUAUUCAUUAAGUUUACUGUUUAGUGUUUAGGCCAAAAGUGUCUUCCAUUUUGCAUUUCUUGUUUUAGUGCUUGCGUACAUAGCACAUGUUGGUAUUGUAAUAGUAUGUAUAUGAAUCAAAGAAAUUUGUUCAUCGU